CCAAUCACACUCAGCUUUUCUUGCUUCCCGACCACCACCACCACCACCACUCUACACUUCCAACAAAUGGCCCGCACCAAGCAAACUGCCCGUAAAUCCACUGGUGGCAAGGCGCCUCGUAAACAACUUGCUUCCAAGUCCUCUGCUGCCCGCAAGAGCACUGCCGCCGCAGCUGGUGGUGUCAAGAAGCCCCAUCGUUUCCGGCCGGGUACCGUCGCUCUUCGUGAAAUCCGUCGCUACCAAAAGUCGACCGAGCUGCUCAUCCGAAAACUCCCCUUCCAACGUCUUGUCCGUGAAAUUGCUCAGGACUUCAAGACUGAUCUCCGUUUCCAAUCGUCCGCUGUAAUGGCUCUGCAAGAAGCAGCAGAGGCUUACCUCGUCUCACUCUUCGAAGACACCAACUUGGCCGCCAUUCACGCUAAGCGCGUCACCAUCCAGCCCAAAGAUUUGGCUCUUGCCCGGCGGUUGCGCGGCGAGCGUUCAUAG